GGCGGUCAACGGCAGUCAACGGCAGUUGCGACUCGAGCGGCGAGUGGUGUGCGUUGUCGUUCCGUCCCGUACGUGUUUUUCCGCGGCCGGAGACUCCCGCUUGCGCGUUGUCAACGCUCCCGCGCGCGACUUCUCCUUUUCUUUUUCUUGGUUUCUUAUAUCGCGGCGGCGUGCACGACGCGCGCGCGCGCGCGCGCGAGAAAGAGGAUUCACCGGUCGGCCGCGAGGAUCAGGCUGCGUCUCGUCUUCGGAGGCGGUGUGCGACGACGGUCUGCCGGAACGUUGCCGGAGGAGAGUGACGCGUUCGCGUAAAAAGAAAGAAAAGGAGGCGGAGUGGUGUUCUUAGUGUGCUACACUUUAUUGUGCCAAACAUCGGAGUUUCUUCCGUGCCACCUCUCGCCCUCCAGUUUACGAUUUCUCUCUCGGCGAGUUCUCCGUAUAUACGUGAAUAGUUCGCACGGCGGAACCUUGGUGGACUUCACUCUGUGCGUCGAAGAGGGCCCUUCGCUGCACGCGGCUGCACGACGCCCGGCGAGCAAGAGCGUUUCUCUCUUUGGGGGACUUUCGUUGCGGCGAACGCGAUCGGCUCGGCGGCGGCGGAGGAGGCGGAGGAGGCGGAGGAGGAGAAGGAGAAGAAGGUGAAUACUCGGCGUAACACGGCGCGCCGUUCACCCGACUUGCUCGAAAGGACGAUCGGUGGCGGCGACGAUGAGGUUUGAAAGUUACCGUUGAUUCGUCGGACAUCCUGCAGGGCCAUUUGUUUCCAGGAUGAGCGCGUCGCUGCGGAUUUUGGCUCUGAUCAGCUUAGUCGCGCAAAAUGUGGCUUGGCCGCAGGAUCCCAUUCCUAGACUGCACCUCAAACAUCGUGAGGUGAUUGGCCAGCGUUUUCUGGGCAACGAGAGCCACGUGGAGCACUUCAAGCUCCUGGAACGUGCGACAACCUCCAUCCUGAUUGGUGCCAGGAACGCCAUUUACAACAUAAGUCUGCACGACCUAACGGAGAUCGCCGACCAGAGAUUGCAAUGGUCCAGCACCGAGGCGCACCGCGAGCUUUGCUACUUGAAGGGGCGCAGCGACGACGAGUGCCAGAACUACGUGCGGGUGUUCGGGAGACAGGGCCCCGAUCGCUUCCUCGUUUGCGGCACGAACGCCUACAAGCCGCUCUGCAGACAAUUCACGAUCAAGGAUGGAGCGUACGUGAAGAAGAGCGAUAUGGAUGGUCUCGGGCUUUGUCCUUACGAUCCGACACACAAUAGCACAGCGGUUUUCGCCGAGGGACAGUUAUAUGCCGCGACGGUGGCUGACUUCUCCGGUGGCGAGCCGCUGAUUCACAGAGAGAAAAUCCGCACCGAACGCUCGGAUCUCAAUCAGCUGAAUGGUCCGAAUUUUGUCAGCUCAUUCGCUUAUCAGGAUUACGUAUUCUUCUUUUAUCGCGAAACAGCUGUGGAGUAUAUGAAUUGCGGAAAGUCGGUCUACUCGCGGGUUGGCAGAGUCUGUCAGCACGAUAAGGGCGGGCCACACGCAUUUAGCGACAGAUGGACGAGUUUCCUGAAAGCGAGACUCAACUGUUCGGUACCGGGAGAAUACCCCUUCUAUUUCAACGAAAUACAGUCGACGAGCGACGUCACGGAUGGCCGAUACGCGGGCAAAUCCGCGCGAUUGGUGUACGGGGUUUUUACGACCCCGGUGAACUCCAUCGGUGGCUCGGCUAUCUGCGCAUUCUCCAUGGACAGCAUUCUCGAGGUCUUCCAGGGCGCUUUCAAAGAGCAAGAGACUAUAAACAGCAACUGGCUGCGAGUACUUCCGGAAAAGGUGCCCGAGCCCAGGCCGGGUGCUUGCGUCAACGACUCCAGAACACUUCCGGACAUUACGGUCAAUUUCGUCAAAGCGCAUCCCCUCAUGGACGACGCGGUGCAAUCCUACUUUUCGUUACCUGUGAUAACUAAAACCAGUUUCAAUUAUAGAUUUACCAAAGUUGCCGUAGAUCCUCAAGUGAAGGCGCUGGAUGGUAAAGCUUACGAUAUACUCUAUAUCGGCACAGAUGACGGCCGCGUUUUGAAGGCGCUUAAUACACGCGCCCCAGAGUCGUACGACAAUGUCGGUCAAGUUAUUGUCAGCGACGUCCAAGUGUUACGAUUCGGCCAAGCGAUUAAAGACCUUCUGGUGGUUCAUUUGGCCGGCGAAGCGAGCAAACUGGUUGUGUUCGCAGACUCGGAGAUCCGUGCGGUUCCCUUGCAUCAUUGCGAUUCGCCUGCUGCGGCUACCUGCAGAUCCUGUGUUGCCCUGCAGGAUCCUCAUUGCGCCUGGGACGCGACCGCGAACCUGUGCGUGGCGGUGCUAACAAAACUUCACGACAACGACGCCGACAAGACGCUGUUCCAGGAUAUCCCGACCGGUAGACACAGAAGUUGCGGACGCGAGCCAGAGGUAACGAAGUCCGUCCAGCCGGCGGUGGCGUCCGAAAUUGGGCGCGAUGAGCACCCCGACGAACGAGAGAAUGAAAUCAUCAUCGAAUUGGAUCGGGAAAAUCAGUACGGCCGUACACAGCCGAGGGCCAAUGAGCCUCAAGGCGUGACCGUAACACCGGUAGUAUACUCGGCCCAAACGUUGACGGGUGCGCUAAUAGGAACCUGUUUCUGUUCCCUGGUGGCCGGUUUUGCCUUCGGUUUCUGGUUCUCCCAGAGGCUACGCGGCUCGUCGUAUCCGGAGCCGUCUGAGCAACGGCAGCAGCUCAACCGGCUGACGGAGAGCUCGGAAUCGCCCGGCUUCAACAAUAAGUCCAUAAACCUCGUGCUGAACGUGCCGCCCAAGAACCCGAACGGCAAGAACGCGAACUCGUCCGCGGAGAAUAAGCCGGUCCAGAAGGUGAAGAAAACGUACAUAUGAUACAGAAGGCGGCACAGGGCCGUUUG